CUCCUCCGUCCACUAGUAUAAACCAGCGCUUUAUACCCAACAACUCUGAAAUGCGCUGAAGGACGUAGGAGAUGAUGGCUGCGUCGAUCAACGUCUAUUUGCUUAUUGCUCUCAUCUGCAUCGUCGUCGGUCUCAUCUUGUUCUCCUUCUACUUCAACCGCCUUAUUGGCCUCAUACUCGGCUUGAUACUACGAGUGCUCUGGUGGGGAUCCGGUGCUGAAAGUGCAUGGGUACACAUUGGUUCCAUCCACUUCUCCCUUCUCUCGGGCCGCAUCCUCAUCAAGAAUGUCGCGUACCAUUCCUCGAAUCAGACUAUCCGUAUCGUCAAGGGUAGGAUUCAAUGGCGCUACUGGAACAGGAGAACCAUGGAAGAGAGCGACGUGGGCAAGCAGGAGAAGUUCCCGUGCCGUAUACAGGUCUCUCUUCAGGGCUUUGAGUGGUUCAUGUACAACAGAACACCGGCCUACGACAAUAUAGUCGCUCAGAUGAUGCAGCAAGACCAUGUAGGUCAACCGGUCGAGCGUCGCAAGAGCUUCAUGUCAGAAUGGACGACACAGUCCGCUGCGGCCCAGCUUCCUCCGGCCAUCGUGUCUCUGCUGAAGUGGAUCAAGCUGCAGUUGCCCAGCCUUGACUUCAACGACGUCCUGCCCAUUGGUAUCGACAUCACCAAAGGUCUCAUCAUCGCUGGAAAUCAUGCUACCCCCAAUCUUCUGGUCGCGGAGUUCAGCAAGUCGGAGGGCUGGUACGGGACGACGCAGGCUCGCUCCAAGCUCGACCUUUACAGGCAAACCAUGACACUCCAUUUUCAUUCCCCCAUCAUUCGCUUCGUUCAGAAUGAAGACUACGCGCAACCCAUGAACACUCUCGGUGAAGGUGUGCGCCAGAAGGCUGAGGAGAGUGAGAAGUUCGCCCAUGCGUGCACAAGUUCCCCUUUCUUAGCUCAUCAUGGGUUCAUGAAGCUCUGGCGCUCGCUGAAACUACGCUCUUUUGUAAACUCCAAAUUCCUGAACCGUCGUCAACCGCACUCGUACGCCCCGCGCUUCCAUCUCCGGGGUCGCAAGAACGCAACGGACGAGGAUGAUGGUCCUUUCGACCCAGAUGCGGAAUACGCUAUUGAAAGAGACAUCAUCGAAGCGAAGGUGCUAGAGCUCGAGUACUUCGUCGAUGUUGUUGGCGACGUUCCUCCCGGUGGUGGCGGAGAUGAGAUCGGGAAUGGAGACGUACCUCCGGACUGGGGUGUUGAUCUCGUCAUUAAGGGAGGGACUCUCCGAUACGGACCGUGGGCGGAUCGACAACGCGCCGAGCUUCAGAAGGUCUUUUUCCCUGCUUCGUACCAUAAUGCUUCGAAGACGCCGAAGUUGAGCCCGGGGGACAAACGACAAUGGACUUCGCUGCGGGUAUUCAUUGAGUUGCGCGAUAGCACUAUGCUGCAUAUCCCCUUUAGAGAGGCGAGCAAGAACUGGCAAUACGACGGCAUCACCGUCCCUCCACCCCGUCCUCGCAAGCGCGAACCAGCUUGGCUCCAUCUGGCCGCCGAUGACAAUUCGACAAUCGCGUAUGUUAUGCCCAUGAUUGCGACAGCAGACACCGAAGCGUACGAAGCAACGCUGGAGGUGCACUUGGACAGCGUCAAGGUCACCAGCAGCCUCAACGACAUCGAGCUUGUGAACGCGCAGCUCCUGCGUAUCCAUGGGGCUCUGCCAUCACCUCUGCAAUGGAACGCUCCGCGGACAUGGGAAAUCGGCGUGUCGCUGAGGCAGCCCGUCUUGUACCUUCUUCGCGAUCACGUCAACAUGUUCACCGACCUGAUCAAAGACUGGACGAGCGGCCCGCCGAGUGACUAUCUGCGCUGGGUACCCGUGAACUACGUGUUCAAGAUCGACUGCCGAGGAGGCGACAGUCAUGGCGGCUACGAGCUACACACGUAUGUCAACGACAACAAUGUCAUCGACAGGCCGCUUGUGAAGGAGGACAAUGCCAUGCUCACUAUGUUCGGGCCUCACUUGACGUCGGAGAUCGUCAUACCGUCGGACAAGUUCCGUCCUGAUCAUGCGACAGUCACCUUCACUCUCGAUGCCCCCGAUGUGCGCUUGAAGUUCUCGUUACCGAAGUGGAAUACGCAUGCGUUGCACGCACCGGCUGGCGGGUAUGACAUUGGCACACUCGGCGACUUCAGGAUCACGGGAAGCUACUUGUACUGGGCAUUCAUGAGGAACGACACUGUGGACAAGCUCAAGUUGACGUUCACUGGCACUCACGUUGCGUAUAAAGCGCUUGGCUGGACUGUCCGAUACUUCAUGGUACUCAAGGAUAAUUACUUUGGGUCGUUUACCCAUUACUCGACCCUCGCGGAGUUUCUUGAGAAGCAGAAGGCCGGGGAGCCUCUAGGGGAUCCGGUUCUCAAGAAGUAUCGAGAAGGACAGAACAACAUGCUCGAGGUGGAGAUGACCGUGCUUGUGCACGACAGUAUGCUUGUCGUGCCUUGUGCGCUGCAUGCGUACGCCCGUCCGGGACAUCUAACCGAAGACAACGACGCGGGAAUGAUGGGCCCAAGUCUACUUCUGCGGGCCUCUCAGCUUGAGCUACACUUCCGGAUGAACGACUUCUAUAUGGAGAUGUCCCUGAACAUCGACAAUGCCGUAGGCCAUUUGGAGAACGACUUUCCGCAGGUCAUCAAGUACUCGCCGCCCAAGAGAGUCGCCAAGGAGGUGUUGGCGAUAGACGGGCUUGACAUUACCGCCCAUCGUUUAUUCGGUCCCGUUCCCUCCACCGUUACAUACGUAUGUAUCUGGGAGAUCGACGUCGGCCGCGUCAAUGUGAUAGUAACCGCGCAAGAGGCUCAACUACUGGGCUCCGCUGGGAAGUCUUUUGGUCUCAACUUCGCCGACACUGCGAACGCGCCGGCCCCACAGUUUCAGGCGCCUACCUAUCCCGACUUGACUUUCCUCAAGGUCAGACUGCACCGAUUGGACGCCACAUGGAACGCAGGCAACGCAUGCCUUGUCAUCUCCUUAGACGACGGUUUCAAGAUAGACAGCAAUGAUCGUGGCGGUCUGAUGUUCAGGAAGAACACGAGCGUCAGAGUUCCACGCAUUUCGUUCAGGGCGUUGCUAUCCCCCGAUGUGGUCAACUUCCGACGACAUUGGUUCGAAGCCGCAGAAGCUAUGACGGACAUCUACUUGGACAUCUACUCCGCCCCAAAGGGAUGGAAGGAUCUCUCGCGCGCUCAGUCAACAUUCGUGCGAGAGCAAGACGCGCCAACCGGACGCGCCAAACGGAUGUUUACGCCUCCGCGCAUGCAACCGGCCCUUCCAGGCCGUGGGCUACACAAGAAUGGCGUCUAUCUACCGCAGCCAGCUCUCGUCAUCCCAACCCGUGCUGCAACACUAGACGGUCGAUACGAGGAUGAACUCAAGCCAGACAAUGUCAAGCUCAUCAACAGGCCGUGGUCGAAACUCGAGCAGCUCUCCGAAUCAGAAAGGGAGGACGGAGCGACAGAGCUCGAACGGGACGCUCGCCUAGCUACCCAGCGGCUUGCGCCUCCCGAUUUCAUGUCUGCUGCCGACAACGAGGCCUCAAGCAGCUGCGACGAAUCCGACGACGAGGAUCUGACGGAUGGUUCCAGCUCAGACGAGGACCUGUCUGAUAUUGACGAGUCACAGAACGCAAAAUUGCUGAGAGAAUAUGCUCGAGUCACUCGCAGAUUCACCUCCACCGACUUCGAUUACCCGUCUUUGUUGGAUGACAGGCCGAUCACUCUCCUAUAUGACGUGGUUGGUGAUACCGAACCCGAAGUCAAAUCGAUGGAAAGGCCAAGCGCUACAUCGCCACGGUCGCCAAUAUCAGGGACACCUCCCAGAAAUGACAUCAGCACCACAGUGUUCCGUGCGCGUUGCUCGCGGACGAACCUGCGACUUACGCCUCUCAUCGCUCCAGUGAUAGAAAGCCUGCUUUCGAGCACAGAGACCAUUCAACCCAGCCCUGAGCUGUUCAUCGAUGGCCUCUUGGCUGACUCUGUUUCCGAGGCAGUCCGCGGUGACCCAGACAUUCAGGAGAAUAUGCUGGACUUGACGGUUCAUGCUAUUACUUGCCGAUUCUUCAACACGCUUCCCGUCUCGGACGUCAACCAUGCUGCUACUUUCCCCGACGAUGAGGGUCGACCUGCUGCCGGAAGUCAUCCCGCGAUGGUCAUGACGCUGCUGUCACUCCAUGACCUCAACGUCAAAGCCAGUACUUCGGAGCACGAAAAGCGCGCAGGAGUGCAAUUGGGCGACCUUUCUCUCUCGCUGGCCGUCGUCCAGAACAAUCGUCGCUAUGCAGACACCGUGGAGCAUGGUCAGCACGUAUUCGCUGUGUCCGUCGAGGACCUCGCGGCCAACAUAUCGGGGAAGACGAGCGACGUUUCCUUCGGAGUAGCGAACCUGCGCCUGGGUCAGGCUGCGCCAGGAUACAUCCUAGCAUCGUGCAUUCCUAUAGUGAAGCAGGCAAAGGAUGCGGGCUCAACGAUCAACGCUUGGUCGCGUCGGGUUACGGGCAUGAAGAUGGCGUUGUUGGAUAGCAUCGUCAGAGCCACUGACGGGCGGCCGGUCAUCGACCCUCUUUCGACCAUUCAACCAUCGUUUUUCGUUCAAAGCGGACCAUCGUUCCAGCUCAGAACCGACCCAACGUUUCGCUUCCUGUUCUACACGCGCAGCUGCUUAUGGGACGUUCGCAAAGAUGGCAAGACGGUUGUGCCAGUGGACUCCUCUAUCGCGGAGCUCCAGCCACUGCUCUUGUCGCGGCUGCUCCAGUUGGACACGGAGCUUACCGACGAUGAGCAACUCGACACCCUGCAUGCUAUGCUCCCAAAAAUCCGCACGGACCGAUCCGAGACCUUACCGACGCCUUUGCCAUCGCAUAUGCACCUAGGCUUCGAGCGUCUGAGUUUGAUACUCCUCGACAGCAGUGGGACCGCGCACAACGAGAUCAAUCUGUCGAACUUCGAGGUCAAUUGUUGGAGAAAUACGCUGGAGCUCUUACGUGAUACGGCCCCGCCAUCCGCGUCGCAAUGGUCUCUGAAGGGCCCGUACUCGCAGUCGGUAGCCAAAACCAUCUUGUCCGUGUCGUCCGGGGAGGUCGACGUGGUCAUACAUCCGACUCUCAUCUCCUUCGCGCAAUUUGUGCUGCCAAUCCGAAAGCCACUGGUCGCAUUGAUCCGGAAGCAUUCGAAGCCCACAUCCUCCCCUGUGAGCGCCACAGCACAUCCUACGCAUCCCGCGAUCACGGAUGUCACUUGCUCUCUGAAGGGCUUGCGCGUGCGUGCAGUUGCUGCGAACCUCACGACUGAGUUUGGUUUCCGCGACCUUCAGAUUGUCGUCUCCUCAAACAACGUCCUGCACCGCCAUGCUGCAAAUUACGCGUUAGCCUUUCGCGAGGUGUUCUUCCGAGGUCGCACCCCAUCCGACGCAAGUAAACGCAGCGGGCAAGACGUUCUGGCCUCCCUUAGCCUCGAAGAUGGCAAGAUCAGCCUGAUCGAGCGUGGGCCAGAAGAAUUGCCAAAGCUGGUGCUUCAGCUGCAUCGGAUCCACCUGUCGGUGCCACGCAGCGCUCUCCGCCUGUAUAGGUUCAUAGAAGAGUGGAGGUCCGACUUCCUUCCGGGCCUUGAAGCCACGUUGAAACCCAUAUUGUCGGAACUGAAGGAUACAGCUCCGGAGCCGUCGAACCCAUCCCCUUCGCCUUCACCAUGGUCUAUGAUGCAUGUGCACGCACAGCUAUCUGCUGCCCUCAUCUCACUUCAAGUGAUGCACGGGACCUGGCUUUCCUGGGCUGUCAACGACAUCGUCGCGUAUACUCACACUCCGGGAUUGUCAGUUCAGCCUGCUCCACGCGCGUUUGGUCUACAACUUGGAUCUCAAGUCUUUUCGGUAUCGUCAUCCCCCGACGUCAUGUCUGCGCCCAGCGGGACCCGUGUCAAGCUGGAUCUCCCUCGCAUACUGCUUUCCGGUCGAUGGGAGGAAGUCCGCGGAUUGGAUAUGCUCGUGUUGGUCGAUUUUCUGCAGGCGACUGUCCGCCCCUCACAUUGGGACACAUUAUUGGCCGUGCAACAGAAGUUCGGGCGCGAUUUCAACGACCUCAUGCAGCUCGUACAGCAGACAAGCACCAAACGCGCGCAGGCGACAUCCGCGGAUCAGGAGCCACCUUCGCCUUUCCAGGGCCCGACCCCGGCGCCUUCCAGCCCAAUAUACCGCGUACACUUCAAGAUGCGUGGCUUUCGCAUUGGCCUCGAUGGCGCUGCCUCUACUUUGUUCCUCGAAUGUCAAGAUAUUGGCGGGCAGCUUCAGAACGUCGUCAACCAGAACUGGGACGUAUUCUUGAGCGAUUUGGCACUGUCCCUCGCGCCCAGAACUGCUCCUCAGGGAACGGGAUCGUCUUUCAAUAGGGCCCUUCGAUCCGCGUUCGUCAUCAUCGACUUCAAGGUGAAGGGGGAGAAGGGUGUCGGCGCCUCCAAUGACCGCCUCAAUAUCGACGUGACCAAGAUACAUGCAGUCAUGCAGCCUAGUUCCAUUGGCGAAUUGGGUGACUUUGUCGAUGACAUCCAGGUCGAGAUCAUGCAACGACAGCAGGAGCGUGCUCAGGAGCUCGCUGCCUUCAAGGAGAAAACCCAAACCAUCAUGCGUACGUUCGAUGUAAAGGCGUCCACGGCGGAGAUCAAGGAGACGCCUUCGCUGCUCAGCGACUACGUCCUUAAUGUGACCGUGCGCAACGUCGGGUUCGCAUUCCCGGUCAUCCGCGAUGUCGAUCUCGAGUUGCCUCAACGAGGGCGGAAGAAGCAGAAUGCGGUACGAGCCUUCUUGGUCUCGAUCAAGAGCCUGGGAUUCGGUACACAGCGUGGCGAAAGUGGACAAGCAUCUAUCGAGAACUUCUCCUUCCAGUUCGUCUCUCGCUUCCGUCAAUCUGUACCAGCCGAUUUCCUGGGGGACAAUCAUCAGACCCGCAAUCGUCUUUUGCAUCCGUCUCUGCGAGCGCAAGUGCGUGCCUCGGGCUCAGCUGCCUCACGACAAGUGUGGGUCAAGUCGGCCAUCACGGGCUUCGUGCUAGACCUCGAUUCUUCCAUCUCCGACUACGUGUUCUCGCUUGUCGACGUCUAUCGUCAAGGAAAGGAACGAUUGGACCGAUUCUCCCUUCCCCAUGUGCCGUCAGCUCCUGUCAUAGAGUCACCUACCGUUUCGUCGUCGGCGCCCAAGGCUCCCGCAUCCAGCAUCUUCGCUAGCCUCACGUUCCAAAGCGGCAAGAUUCGAAUGUACAGCCAAGCCGCCUCCAAGCUCUCGAGCGCAUAUAGUGCACCUCAUCGACAGCAGUCGGACGAACAGAUCCUGGAGAUGGGAGCCGAAGUGUUCAACCUCCCUGUGUUUACACUCUGGAUGGAGUACCGAGCCCUUCCUGUUACCAUGAAGCAGGGUUCCGCUGACGAUGCUCCCUCGAUACUCAUGUUCAAGAGCACGGUACAUUCCUCGCAGAACACGCUGCGGCCGACAUUACUGCCAUUCAUCUCGGAGCUGGUUGGUCAUAUUAAUAAUCGCAUGCGACGAGUCAGCCUGAGAGUGCCCCCCGUACCGGCACGCUCUCCCCGAGGCAAUCCAGCUGGCACCCCCCUCCCAAGUACAGCUCCAUCGACACCAGGUCCAUCACAGAUCCUGCCUGAAGCGCGCGUUGCUACAUCUUCGUCCAGCAUGCAAAUCAGCUUCAGCCUCCGAAUCGACCAGUCUAAGCUUGAGCUGACCUGCCAGCCCGACGUCAAUGUCGUGGCUGGCGUGCACUGGGACAGUGGAGGCUUCAUGGUCAACGUGUCCCCUGGCGCUCGUAAAGUGACGUUCACCGGCGCCGUCGGUGGCUUGACCAUCGGGCUGAAGCACGGCUUCCUUAGCGAAGAAUGUGUUAAGCUUGAUGCGCGAAACCUUGCCUUCUCCGCCGACUUCGCGAAGACGAGAACAGGCGAGGGGACGCCGCUCAGCUCCAUAUCGCUGGUGGUCGACACAGAGUUCUUGGGUGGCUUCCGCUUCUCGCGGUUGCAGGACGUGCUCUGCUUCAAAGCUGUCUGGUUAGACAGAAUCCCGACUUUCCAGAACACCGCCCAGGAAACAACUGCUCUACGCCUUCCGUCCGAAGCCACUCUACCAUCUACCAUGCCUUCCACUCCUUCGCAGUCGCAGCAGUCGCAGCCCAGUCAACCGAAGCAGGACGUCUCCGUGAUGGUUCUUUUCCGCACGCGCCGCCUGGAUCUGGAGGCUGACCUUGGCCAGUCAAUCAGCAACGUAUCGCUGGGUAUCAAGGACAUCGUCUUGCGCACCGUCAUCACAGAGGCCACGCACGAGCUCUCCCUCUCGGUUGGCGACGUCGUUCUGAACGCAAAGGGCAACAUAUCUGGGCACUCCGAUGUGUCCAACUUCGUGUUCUCGACCAUUCGGAGGAUGCCUUCUGACGAAGGAUUGCAGCAAGAGAAGAUGCUGGAGCUGCGCAUGACCAGCGGUACGCUUAUUCUGGAGCUCGAGUCUGACCAUCAGAAGCUGUUGCAUUAUCGUGCGGAACCUAUGGAAGUGGAGAUCUUCGACGACUGGUCGAUGGUCGCAUCCAUGCGCGACUCGGAUAGGAGGCCACUGGACUUGGCGUUCGUCGUGCGCAGCCCUGAGAUCGUAGCGAUCGUGACCGUCGCGACGAUCCCAAAGCUCAUGUCCUACGCCAACAAAUUCAGUGCAAACCUGGACGCACAGCGAGAGGGUGCCAGUAGGGAGUCAAAGGCUUUCCGCAUCGCGCGUACGCCAAAGCCAGAUCAUCCGCUGUCUGCCGUGGCAGAGGCGAUGCUCGUGUCGGCGCGGGCGCGCUUCAAGGAAGCUGAGACAGCGUUGGUGUAUGUCAUCAAGCAGCGUAUGAGCUUACGCCUAGAUUACCUCCGCCUUGUCGUCUUCCCCCGCACCAUGUUCGACACGGAGGUCGCCCAAUUCGUUGCUCGCGAUGUUCAGGCGCAGCUUACCCGGCUGGUCGAGUCGGAGCAAACCCACGCCGAGCGCGACAUACGUCUAUCAUUCUCGUCGAUGACUAUCUCGAAGUACAUCCAGGUUGGACGCGGUGCACCAGCGGAAGGUCCUCACGCAGACGGUCGCGCUUGGCUUAACGCCCUCAGCGCGCACUCAACCGAAGCGACCAUCGUCGGCCUACCCUCCAUGCGUAUCCGCAUGCGCAGCACCGAGCGCGCGCGCGAGCUUGCGUACGAAUUCCACAGCCGCUUCGAUCGGCGCGACGGCCAGCGCGCUCAGGAGGACAUCUUCAUCACACUCAACGUCGCGCUCUACUCGUGGCUCACCCUCCUGCGCAAGAACCUCACGCGGGAGAUGGACCAGGUGCGCGCGGCGGAGGACUGGCGCACAGCGCUCGCGGCACGGCGGCCAGACUCAUAUGCCAUCGGCGAGGGCACGCGCAGCGCGACCAUGCCAGCUCAGGAGCGGCCAGGGAGGUCGAGUGUGGGGGCGAGCGUGAUGACGAAGGCGGUGUCGCACGACCAGGGUACGGUGUUCCCAAUUGUGCGCGACCCAUCAACCCAGCCGCCGUCGCCAAACCCCUCGUCAGAGGGAGGCAAGCGACGCGAGCUGGUGUACAAGCCCGGGGCGCGACACAUCGAGCGAUUGACGAUGCGGCAGCUCGGCGAGGCGACACCGGACGUGAUGCAUCCAUUCUUCAUGAAGAAGGCUGGCUUCAGUUUGGAGGAUUCGCUGCCGCAAUACGUGCACGAGUACGCGACAACGCCGUUGGAGGAGAUCAUGGAGGUGCUACUGAAGCUGUACAGUAGACAGCUGCUGUCGGGAGCAGGAUGAGAGGCCGAUGAUAUUGCUUCCAGAGGACUGUCGAGAGAUCUAUUUUACUUAUAGGUAUUAAUAUUAAAACGGAGGAACUUUCUACACGCCGCAGCUCGUCCAGUAGUACUGAGUCUAUAUGCAGUCUUCUUGCUAAUUCUUUCUUGCUCACGAACAACAACCGGC